GAAGGGAAGGAGCGGAUCGAGUGACUACAACUGCCGGGGUUUUAGAGAGAGAAAGUAGAGAGAUUCAGAGAAUCGCCGGAGAAGAUGACGGAGGCAAUGAUAAGGAAGAAGCCUGGCAUGGUCAGCGUCAAGGACAUGCCGAUCCUUCAAGACGGACCCCCUCCCGGAGGCUUCGCGCCAGUCAGGUACGCUCGCCGGAUUCCGACCAAAGGUCCCAGUGCCAUGGCCAUCUUUCUAGCCGCCGUCGGUGCUUUCUCUUGGGGCAUGUACCAGGUCGGCCAAGGCAACAAGAUCCGGAGGAUGCUCAAAGAAGAGAAAUUUGCUGCCCGCAGCGCCAUUCUACCUGUGCUUCAAGCAGAAGAGGAUGAAAGAUUUGUUAAAGAGUGGAAGAAGUAUCUGGAAGAAGAGGCAAGAAUAAUGAAGAAUGUGCCCGGUUGGAAAGUUGGCGAAAGUGUCUACAACUCUGGGAGAUGGAUGCCCCCAGCAACUGGUGAGCUCCGUCCUGAAGUCUGGUGAUAGAUAGUGUUCUACCACAUGCUGCUUUGUGGAGAAUGAAUAUGGAGUGCUUUUAGUUUAUUGCUGACGAUAUUCAUCCUGUGCAAACCUCAAGCGGUCUCUUGGGUUCCUCCAUAACAGGGAAAAAAAACAUCCACCUGAAUAAGAUUUACUUCUUGAAACUGUUUUUGUUUCCUGAAUAUGUUUAUUGUGGUUGUUUUACCCACUUUUAUUCCCAAUUUCUUUACAACUUCCUGUGACCUGAUUUCCAUGACUAAGGAAGAGCUGGCUCCUACUGAUGUUACAAUUCAGA